CCUUCGACAGCGGCUGCGGGCGCGGCGGGGAGCGCGGCGGGGAGCGCGGCGGGGAGCGGGCGCCCGGCAUGGGUCUCCUCCUGGCGCUGCUGCUCGGCUCCUCGCUCUACCUGCAGGCGGCCGCCGAGUUCGACGUGAGGUGGCCCAGGCAAAUAGUGUCAUCAAUUGGCCUAUGUCGUUAUGGUGGGAGGAUUGACUGCUGCUGGGGCUGGGCCCGCCGGUCCUGGGGACAGUGUCAGCCUUUCUACGUCUUAAGGCAGAGAAUAGCCAGGAUAAGGUGCCAGCUCAAAGCUGUAUGCCAACCACAGUGCAAACAUGGUGAAUGUAUUGGACCCAACAAGUGCAAGUGUCAUCCUGGAUAUGCUGGAAAAACCUGCAAUCAAGAUGAACACUUCUACCCAACUCCUCUUGACCAAGGCAGUGAACAGCCUCUUUUGCAACCCCUGGAUCAUCAAGCCACAAGUUUACCUUCAAGGGAUCUGAACGAGUGCGGUCUGAAGCCUCGGCCCUGCAAGCACAGGUGUAUGAACACUUAUGGCAGCUACAAGUGCUACUGUCUCAACGGAUAUAUGCUCAUGCCAGAUGGGUCCUGCUCAAGUACCCUGACAUGCUCCAUGGCAAACUGUCAGUAUGGCUGUGAUGUUGUCAAAGGACAGAUCCGGUGCCAGUGCCCCUCUCCCGGCCUCCAGCUGGCUCCUGAUGGGAGGACCUGUGUGGAUGUUGAUGAAUGUGCUACUGGAAGAGCCUCCUGCCCUAGAUUUAGGCAGUGUGUCAACACUUUCGGGAGUUACAUCUGCAAGUGUCACAAAGGCUUCGACCUCAUGUACAUUGCAGGGAAAUAUCAGUGUCACGAUAUAGAUGAAUGCUCUCUUGGUCAGUAUCAGUGCAGCCGCUUUGCUCGAUGUUACAACAUACACGGAUCCUACAAGUGUCAAUGUAAAGAUGGAUACCAGGGGGACGGACUGAACUGUGUGUAUAUUCCAAAAGUCAUGAUUGAACCUUCAGGUCCAAUUCAUGUACCAAAGGGAAAUGGUACCAUUUCAAAGGGUGAUGGAGGACACAGCAAUUGGAUUCCUGAUGUUGGAAGUACAAGGUGGCCUCUGAAGACACCAUAUAUUCCACCUGUUAUUACCAACAGACCCACUUCUAAACCCACAACAAGACCUACACCAAGGCCAGCACCAGAGCCUACCCCACCUCCACCCACAGAACUCAGAACAUCUCCACCAGCAACAGCUCCAGAAAGCCCAAGCGCCAAACUGACUCCUGUAGCACCAGUUGCCACUACAUCUUCAAGAUGGAUUACAGUUGAUAACAGGAUACAGACAGAUCCUCAAAAACCGAGAGGAGAUGUGUUCAUUCCACGGCAGCCUUCAAAUGACUUGUUUGAAAUAUUUGAAAUUGAAAGGGGAGUCAGUGCAGAUGAUGAAGCAAAGGAUGAUCCAGGUGUUCUGAUACACAGUUGUAAUUUUGACCAUGGGCUUUGUGGAUGGAUCAGGGAAAAAGACAGUGACUUGCACUGGGAACCAGUCAGAGAUCCAACAGGUGGACAGUAUCUGACAGUGUCGGGAGCCAAAGGCCCAGGGGGAAAAGCCGCUCGCUUGGUGCUACCUCUCGGCCACCUCCUGCAUUCAGGGGACCUGUGCCUGUCGUUCAGGCACAAGGUGACUGGGCUGCACUCCGGCACGCUCCAGGUGUUUGUGAGAAAACACGGUGCCCACGGAGCAGCCCUGUGGGGAAGAGAUGGUGGCCGUGGCUGGAGGCACACACAGAUCACCUUGCGAGGGGCUGACGUCAAGAGCGUCAUCUUCAGAGGUGAAAAGAGGCGUGGCCACACUGGGGAGAUUGGAUUGGAUGAUGUGAGCCUGAGAAAAGGCCACUGCUCCGAGGAACACGAGCAACUUCCCAACUAGCAAUGAAUUGCCCUGUUGCUCUUUUCUUUUUCCAAUCUUCACCUCCUAUCCCCUCCUCCCUCUUAUCAGGCCUAGGAUACGCAGGGGUCAGUGGGUCAGGAGAAAGUCGGGUGGGUGACCCACACCUUGCUGGCCUGCUUUUGUGCAAUUCCAAUGAAAAGUGACGUCCCCUUGAAAUACAAGGGGGGUGCCUGUAGACACAUCCAAGCCAGCUUUGGGUGUUAUCCUCCAUCCUUGUCUCUUUAGGAAGGCCUUUGACAUGUGUGCCAUCCUUCGUCCCAGUUACGAGGUAUUCCUAGUAGCAAAUGAUGGGAGAAGUUUGCAAAAGAAAUCUGUGCAAAUGGCCAUUCUGUUAGCUGUUCAGUGUUGUACCACGAGUAGUAUUGACUUCCCCUAAGAUAUGUUGUACAAUGUGCUUGUGAAAUUGGUUUCUCCCUUUAGCCUGUUAGCUCUGGCCUGACCUGAACUCUGACUUUUACUGCCAUUCACUUUAUAAAAGAAGGGUGUGUAACAUAUCAAGAUGCAUUUAUUUCUCGUUAUCUGUAUUUUUCUUUUAAAGAUGAUUAUGUAGAGUGGGCACGAAAUCCCUCGUUAGUAGUAUUGUGUUUUGUGUAAAUGUGCUAUUGGUAUUAAGUAGUUAUGUCUUCCUAGUAUUUACAGACUCUAGUUGCAAGGGAAAAGGCAGCUUGUGAUUUCUUGAAUUAAAAACUACCCAGUGAAAUGUCGUCCAGCUCCAUGACCUUAUUUUGGCCACAAGAGAAAAUUGGAAGAGAUGUCAGGGGUGGAAGUGGAGGGAUGAAUUUUUUUCAUGGCCUUGAUUCUGAUCACUGUAAAGGAUAGUGAACCAUUCAGGUAGACGAGAAGCAGCAGUUAACAUAUAAAACCCUCGCUGUUUCAGGUUAUACUUUAAAGCCAACAGUUUUACAAUAACAUGGCUCUCUUUGGUCAUCUGUAAAAAGCUCUGUAAAAGUUCUGCUUGUUUCAGAGAAAAGAUUCUGUUUAUGGAAGGGUGAGGGGAAGCUCUGUGGGAACAGAUUUUCAUGCUACCUUUUAAGUCCAUAUACAUUUAGGCAGGUCUAGCUCAUUACUUAUGUGCCUCUUGUCAGAAGGGGAUAGGAAGCAGGUCCUAUGCUGGGAGGCAUUAUUUUGUUGGAUUCACACACGCAUUGGAGCAAGAGGACAAGAUUGGAAUUCUCAGAUCUAGGAACCCCCAACUACAUUUCCUUCCUGGAUAUUUUACCUUUAUAUUAAAAAAAAUACACAACUUUAAUGAGGCAUCUUACUCCUGAGGCUUUUCUUCAUUUCUGAUUAAGUAAUCAAACUAUUUUCUGCUGUUUUUGCCAGGAAUCACAAAGAUGAUUAAAGGGUUGGAAAAAAAGAUCUAUGAUGAAAAAUUAAAGGAACUGGGAUUAUCCAGCGUGGAGAAGAGAAGACUGAGGGGCAAACCAUUGCUGGUUUUCAAGUGUAUGAAUGGUUGGUACAGAGAGGAUGGUGACCAGCUGUUCUCCAUAUGUGCUAAGAAUAGAACAGGAGGAAACAGGCCUAGACUGGAGUGUGAGGGGCCAUUUCCUGGCAGGGACAAUUAUUAAAUUAGAAUCCUUUGUUUAAGAAAAAAAAAAGUGAAUCUCUGUCUCUCUCCCUCUCUUUCUCUUCUGUCUCACUUUCUUUGAGGCUUUUUAAAAAUUAGAUAAAAAUCUGUUUAUUUAAGAUGGCUACAGAUGUUCUUAUGUCAAGGUGGAAUAACAGAUUACGGAAUCUUCCAAAAGACGUUUUGAUCCUCUAACUACGUAAUGAAAAUCUUCAAAACUGAGUCAUUCGGAUGAGGCCAAGGUCUAAUUUAGGCAUUUACCCCUUGGUCCCUAAUGGAGGAGAAUCAAAAGGGGAAAAAGCCCACCAAAUGCAGAGCUCACUAAAAGAUCUAUGGCAAACCCAGCAGGAUUAAAACAGGAAAACAAAUCUCAGUAUUCUUAAGAGUAUGAUGGACAUGUAUUUUAGUAUCUUAAUAUUGUAAUGUGGUUGGGUUCAUUUUUUUUUUUCUUGAUAUCCCUUUCACUUGCUUAGUGGAUGGUAUUUCGGGUUUUUAAAGAGACCAUAAUAAAGAACAGAAGUUGGAGAGUUUUUUGUCUGGUGCGUUCUCUCUGCAAUGUGUGUGACCACUUCACAUGGCCACUGAUGAAGAGUGCCAUGUUCAACACCUCUGUCAGGGUCUUUGCUUCACCUAACCACUGUGAUUAAGUUUCUUUAUCAAUUGGAAUUUGCCAGGUUCCACAAAAUGGUAAUUUUUUUUUUAAAUAGUUACAGUAGGGUAUCUUUGGUUAUUUAACUUGGUGGAGGCAGGACCGGAGCUGGAUGUAAAUCAGUGAGCCUUUGAGUAGGGGCCAGGCAGUAGGGCUUUAGAUCCAUUGUUAAUGAUUCAUUUCCUUUGUGGUCCUAUAACUGCACAACUGAAAAGGAAAAGGGGGAAAUCGUUGAAAAUGUCACUUUUAGGUGCCAAUAAUACAUUGCACUAAACUGACAGAAGUUAUCCAGAGUACUGUAUGACAUCUUGUUUAUUAUUUAAUGUUUUCUAAAGUGAAAAAUGUUAGUGGUUUUCCAAACAGCCAAAUAAAAAUAAUUCUUUGUAAAUAAAAGCACUAUUAAAUGAUA